GUGUGUGGGGGCUACAUAGAGGGUUAGUGUGUGGGGGCUACAUAGAGGGUGUGUGGGGGCUACAUAGAAGGUUAGUGUGAGGGCUACAUAGAGGGUUAGUGUGGGGGCUACAUAGAGGGUUAGUGUGGGGGCUACAUAGAGGGUGUGUGGGGGCUACAUAGAGGGUUAGUGUGGGGGGCAACAUAGAGGGUAAGUGUGAGGGCAACAUAGAGGGUAAGUGUGAGGGCAACAUAGAGGGUAAGUGUGGGGGCUACAUAGAGGGUGUGUGGGGGGGCAACAUAGAGGGUAAGUGUGUGGGGGCUACAUAGAGGGUAAGUGUGAGGGCAACAUAGAGGGUUAGUGUGUGGGGGCUACAGGCACAGGAGCCGCCCUGACUGCCCGCACUGACCUCCCAGCUUUGGGGCAGGACAUCCCGGCACAUGCAAACAGCAAACCCGGAGCUGGAGGUUUCCAGGUCGACCUUACACCAAGGCAGCGCCUUCUCUCUCUUUACCCCUGGCAAUGGCUGGAAUCUCAAGGGGAAGAAAAGGAAGCAAAGGAAGCGAGAUGAAGACGCGCUCAGUCUAUGCAGCCUGGAUGGAAAUGAGCCCAGUAACAAGCGGGUGAAGCCUCUGUCCAGAGUCACAUCGUUAGCAAAUCUCAUUCCACCUGUGAAGGCUACACCUCUGAAACGCUUCAGCCAGUCAUUGCAGCGUUCCAUCAGCUUCCGCAAUGACAGCCGACCUGACAUUUUCACCCCAAGACCUUCUUCAAGACAUGGACCAUCUGUUUCAAAGCGUCGAGAUAGCAAACUCUGGAGUGAAACGUUUGACAUUCGUGUCAAUCAGAUGCUCACAGCCAAGGAAAUCAAAAGGCAGGAGGCGAUUUUUGAACUUUCCCAGGGAGAACAAGUUUUAAUUGAAGACUUGAAACUAGCAAAAAAGGCUUAUCAUGACCCGAUGCUCAAGCUCUCCAUCAUGACGGGACAAGAGUUGAAUCAGAUCUUUGGCACUUUGGAUUCUCUCAUUCCUCUGCACGAAGAUCUGCUGAGCAGGCUGCGAGACGCCCGAAACCCAGAUGGGACAACGGAAUACGUUGGCCACCUCCUUGUGGACUGGUUACCUUGCUUAAACUCCUAUGACAGUUACUGUAGUAACCAGGUGGCAGCCAAGGCUCUGUUGGACCACAAGAAGCAGGACCAUCGAGUUCACGACUUCCUGCAGCGCUGUCUUGAGUCGCCCUUCAGUCGCAAGCUGGAUCUCUGGAAUUUCCUGGAUAUCCCACGGAGUCGCUUAGUGAAGUAUCCUCUGCUUUUAAGGGAGAUCCUGAGACACAGCCCGAACGAUCAUCCUGACCAGCAGCACCUGGAGGAAGCGAUCAACAUUGUUCAGGGAAUUGUAGCUGAAAUCAACAAGAAGACGGGGGAGUCUGAAUGCCAGUAUUAUAAGGAGAGGCUGUCGUUUCCUGAGGAGAGCCAGAGAGACCCUCUGAUUAAUAAUUCCAAAGUGCUGUGCUGUCAUGGCGACUUGAAGAACAACAGAGGAGUGAAACUCCAUGUCUUCCUCUUUCAAGAGGUGCUUGUGAUUACCAGAGCUGUAACGUGUAACGAUCAGCUGUGUUACCAGCUGUACAGACAGCCCAUCCCUGUCAGGGACCUGGUGUUGGCUGACCUGCAAGAUGGCGAGGUACGAUUAGGAGGAUCCAUCAGAGGAGCCUUCAGCAACAACGAGAGGACAAAAAACUUCUUCCGAGUCAGUGCUCGAGAUUCAUUGGAAGGACAGACCCACUCACUUCAGGCAAACGAUGCUUUCAACAAGCAGCAGUGGCUGAACUGUGUCAGACAAGCCAAGGACGCUGUGCACCGGGCAUUAGGGGACAAGGGGCUGAUUAACUGUGACAGGAACAACCGCCUGACUCCAAACGGCAUCAGCUCGUCGUGCGAGCAACCAAAGCACGAGAGAAUGGACCAUUCGGACAACGAGUCAGAUUGUAGCAUGGACACCAGCGAGAUCAGUGGGGACUAUGAGCAGAUGGAAGAGACGGACUAUUGUGCAAAUCAGAGAAGAAUAGAAACGAAUGUUUGACAGCAUCAAUGCAGUGGUUAUAAAUCCACGACAUCUUACCUGUACAGUGUUGGCAUUCCCUGAGGAGCAUUUUGGAGAAGCACUUUUAUUCCUUGUGAUACUGUCCUUGGUCUCUUGAUUGUGUAAACUUGACAAGUCCAGUCCUGCCACAGUACGUCAUUGUAAGCUGGGAUCUCUACUGUUUGUGUGUUUCUGUGUUCUCCAACAUCUACUUGAUGGAUGGACGAGGUGUCUGUGUACGGAACUCCUGCGGGAGAGUUCUCUUGAAUGCUGUUAUGUUUCGGGCUAAUCUUAUAUAGAACGGUGCACUUAGAGCCCCUAGUCCAGCUGCUCAGGUGAUUAACACAGAACCUCAGGCAGCAGUUUACUGUAUUUGAGCAUAAACUGAACAAAACGGUGAAACUUGCCUCUAGAACUGAACUAAAAGGAUUUCAGUUUUGUAUGGACACCUUCCAUAACUGACAAGGAAGGUAUGAGUGGAAUGUUUUGAGAAUAAAUGGUUAGGUGGAGUUCUUUUCAAGGGUAAACUUCGAGAAACUGCCUGAUGUGGUAUUUAUUCACCCUAUGCCAGCUGGGGAGGUUCGACCACCUGUGUAUGAUAGCACAGAUGUGACUGCUGUUUUUUUUGCCAAAUCAUGGCUGUGUUUUGCCCAAUUUGUUUGCAAGUCUACUGGGCGAGAUAUAAUGCAGACUGUUUGUCUGUCAUGUUGCUUUUUGUACAUAAUGUGCUACAUGUACAAUAUACGAGGAAUCUGAGCGACACGUUAAAAAUCUGUAAGAAAACGAGGACAAGCCAAAUCAUAUUCCUUUAUUAUUUUGAAGAAAAAAAGUAAUGUUUAAUUUUAUCUAGUAGAUUUGUUUUUCUGUAUUUAUAGUUUUUACACAAGUUGGGAAGUUUCCUUUGACCAUUUGUGAUUUAUUUGAAAUGCUUCAGGCUUUAAAACGAAACCCUACAGAUAUCAGUGACUCGCUGUUUAUGGACUGGAAGCAAAAUACAGCUGUUACUGAAGACGGGUUCUGAGCUUGUUGUUAUAUUGAUGGAAAAUGAAACCCCCUUGUGUUCAUCUGAAUAUGAUUGGAAGUUUUAUGAGAGAAUUAAUAAGGAUAUUGAGUGUUGCCAUUGGGGUGGGGGAAAGAGAAUUGAUGAGUCCUAACAAAUGUGAUCAAAUAUUUUUUUAAAAUGUAAAGGCCUUAAACUUUCACGAAGCAUUGAGAAAUAAAUUGUAUAAAUUAAA